AUGAAAGCUCUCCUUCUUCUUGCAAUCAGCUACGUAGUCCAAUGUUGGUGGGAUGUUGGCCACAUGAUGACUGCAUAGAUAGCUAAGAACUACUUAAGAGACAAUCGUCCAGACACCUUGGCUUGGGCUGAUUCGUUGGUUUAAGACUUGAACCCACUUACCGAUGGGAAGUCUAACACAUUUGCAGAGGCUGCUGUGUGGAUGGAUGACAUCAAGGAAACAGGAACUUCAUUUAUGAACGAUUGGCAUUAUACAGACAGGCCCAUAAAUCCAGAUGGCUUACUGAUUAAGAUAGAUGAUCAAAGCAGAAACAUUAAUUCUAUUUAUGCAAUUAACCAAGCAGUUUCAGUGCUCACUAAUUCAAAAACUGCUAAGAAUAGACAUACAGUGUUUAAAGCCUAAAUGUUAAGGGUGCUUCUCCAUGUCAUUGGAGACUUACAUCAACCAUUGCAUGAUACUACAUUUUGGAAUUCAAGUUAUCCGAAUGGUGAUUAAGGUGGAAAUUUCAUGAAAGUGCAGGUAAAAUAUUGAAAUAUAUGUGUAGUUGGAGAAUGGAACCUUAGUGAAUUUGCAUUCAUUUUGGGACGCAGGAGCAUUUGCUUUCAAUCCCAAUAACUCUUUUCUGGUUAGGCCUCUGAGUUAAAGUGAUCAGGAAUAUUUAAAUAAAUGGUCAUUAGACGUAAUUAAAAAGUAUCAGUUUACGAAAUAUAGCAAUUUGGAUAUGACGUAUUAUACGCAUUAAUAUUUAAAUAGUAACCCAUCAGUUUGGACAUAUGUUGGAUAUAGAUAAGCACUUCAGUUUGUAUACCCAAUGAUUGCUGGGUCAAAUAACUACAACAAGGACUAUGUCAAAUAAGCAUAAGAAUUCUGCGAAGAGAAUUUAGCAAUAGGAGGAUAUCGUUUGGCUUAGAAACUAAUCGACAUCUACGAUAAAAUAUUAUUAAACGAAGCCAAAUUAUCCUUGGUGGAUUGA